UCAGCCACACACACACUUCUGACCCAUCAGAGACACCAGCAAACCCUGCACACACUGAUCCACUUUAGAUUUUUGCGAAUACUUAAACAAAUACUACAUCGUAUUAAAACACUCUGUGACCAGGUACACACAGGCUUUAAACGCACGUAACAUUAAAAGACAUCUCAGCCGUCAUUGGGCAUCUCAGCAGACACCUGUGAGACUAUUUAAAUUAAGGACUCAUACACAUGAACACACACACAUCACUGGCUGCAGGGAUAAAACUGCUGUUUAUAGCAGCCCUAGAGGUGUGCUGUGAUCUCGUUCUGUAAGAUUCUUGGUAAUGGACUUGCUCUACAGCUCCGGUGUGAGCAGCACGUACUACCUGCAGACCCACUUCAGCCACAGCCAGGGCUACUUCCUCUCAGUGUCCAUGGCAACAGACCUCCGCAACACCUUCUUCCUGUUGUUCCCAAUAUGGUUCCAUGUACAGCAAGCUGAAGCCAUCAAACUGGUGUGGGUGGCAGUAGUGGGAGACUGGGUCAAUCUGGUGCUGAAAUGGCUUCUGUUUGGAGAGCGUCCCUAUUGGUGGGUUCAGGAGACAGGUUACUAUGGCAACUCCUCCCAACCAAUAAUAGAGCAGUUCCCCAUGACUUGUGAGACGGGGCCAGGAAGUCCGUCCGGUCAUGCCAUGGGGGCUGCAGCAGUCUACUACACCAUGAUGUCAUCACUCCUCGCCACAGUGCUGAAGAAAGAAGGACAUCAAAUCAGGAAAUGGUGUGUGCGUGUCUCACUGUGGAUGCUCUUCUGGUGUGUGCAGGUGUGUGUGUGCCUCUCCAGGGUCUUCGUUGCUGCUCAUUUCCCACAUCAGGUCAUCACAGGAGUUGUCAUAGGUAUCCUGCUGGCAGAAUCUCUCAGUCGGACCCAGCAGAUCUAUGAGGCUGGCCUGCGUUCUUACCUCCUUGCCUCCCUGCUCCUCCUCUCCCUGGCUCUCCUCAUGUACCUGUGCCUCCGGCUGGUAGGCGUCGACCUCCUCUGGAGUGUGGAAAAAGCGCGGUGCUGGUGCCGCCAAGCAGAGUGGGUCAGUGUGGACACCAGCCCCUUGGCCAGCUUGUUCAGAAACACUGGGACUCUGCUGGGCCUGGGCCUGGGGCUCCACUCUCCUCUGCAUGCGCACGCCAACAGAGUAGUGUUCAGCAGGGGGGCUGAGUGCGCCAUCUACAAGUUGAUCUGUUUAAGUGCGACACUGGUGCUGCUGCAGUUGUUUGACUCUGCUUUUAGGCCACCUGUCCACAGCGGAGCUCUAUUCUAUCUGUUGUCAUUCUGUAAAAGUGCCACAGUGCCUCUGGCUACUGUGGCUGUUGUUCCUUACUGUGUCACUGCAGCUCUGGGGUACAAGGGACAGAAGCUGCUAUGAGGCAGGGGGCCGUACAUUACAUGUCCUGUUGGCUGGGUGAACAUCUGUGCAUCCUGCCAUAUACUAUAAAUAAGACACUGUAUUUAAAUCUUCAAUAUGUGGCCAAAAUAUGUGGACACAUACUUACGUCCUUGUGGCUGCUGUUUUUCCUGGUUUAGGCCCCAUAGUUCCAAGAAUGCCCCCAUGCACAAAGCCAGCUCCAUAAGGAAAUGGGUUUCCCAGUUUGGUGUGGAAGUACACAGCCCUAACCUCAACACUAUCCAAAAGCCUUGGGAUGACCUGGAACGCCAAAUGUGAACCUGACCCUCCAUGUAAACUUCAUGUGUCCGCAUCAGUGGUGAGCUCAGUUUGAGGGAUUUGAGGUCCUGAAAACAUUUUUCAUGUAUCAGCUUCUUUCUAUGAAUGAUGGGAUCUUUUAACACAUUAUUUUAUUUAUACUCUUUAACUCUGGUGGUUGCAUUUUAAGUAAUGAAUGUUUAUUGUUCUAGAGAAAUCAGAAAGGCUUGAAAUUGGCUAAGAGAUGAGUGAUUCUGUGUUUUCUCAGCUGAUUCAAUUCUGAAGUCUGAUCAGUUUCACGUUUGUAUUUACCAACAUUAUUGAUGGAAAUAAACCUUCAAGGUGGAAACAAACUUAGGCGGAGUUAUUGUCCAGCAUUACACCCCGGCAAAGUCGGUGUGUAAGUCCACAACUAUGGUCCAGACUGAGAUAUCUCAGCAACUACGAACUUUGGAUGGAUUGCCACGAAAUAUUGUUUACAGAUAUUUACAGACCCCAGACUGAGGGGGGAUCCUACCAGAAACGUUUUAUAGAGCCAAUAAGGACUCCUACUGACGCUGGCCACCAUGAGGUUGACAUUUGUGGUUUUGACAAAACUAUUUCAACAAAAAGUCGAUGGAUUAUCAUGAAAAUUUGUACACACACCCCUGUUCCUCUGUGGAUUGUUACUGUUUGUGGAUCCUCUGACAUGACCUGCUGUGUCGAAGUACAGCCUCACAGACUGCACAUCAGACUGUGCAGAGUAAAUAAAAUAAAAUAUUACUGGAUAACACAAGUCA